AUCCAUUUGCAAGUCACAAGACCAAGGACAGCUUAUGAUUGGUUCCGUUGUUUGUAAUGGAGGUGUUUGGGAAAUACUUAGCCAUGAUAAAAUUAUAGGAACUGGUGUGGAUUCAAAGAAAGUGAAGUGUGAUGGAGACGAUAUAUAGCGACGGAACACUAACUUUUGUUGGUCAGGAUUGUGAAUGUAUACCUCCAUGGUUAUCAAGGAAGUAUGGGAAUGUCACAAAAAGGCUUGACUUGAGUUAUAAUCGCCUCAGAUCUCUGAAAGGUUUGGUUGGCUUUAAUGUACUGGAGGAGUUGCUUUUGGAUAACAAUCAGUUGAAAGAUGAUAUUGAGCUGCCUGAAUUACCCUCUCUGACUACUUUAACUCUGAACAAAAAUAAGAUUAAUGAUAUUGAAAAAAUUCUAGACAAAACAGUAUCAAAACUCCCAAAAUUAUCCUAUUUAAGUCUUCUUGGCAACCCAGCUUGUCCAAACCAGCUUAUAAGCAUGGACAAAGAUGAUGCAGACUAUCAAAGAUACAGGUACUAUGUCAUACACAGGAUUCCGAGUUUGAAAUUCCUCGAUUCCACACCAGUAAAAGAAACUGAGCAUAAAGAGGCAUUAAGAGUUGGUGCUUUAAUGAAAGUGGUAUCGUCUGAAAAGGGAAAAUUUGAGGCAGGUUCAGAGAGUGACUCAGAAGAUGAAGCCUUCUCACCACUUCCAACAGAAGAAGCUGAAUUAGGUGACCACAAAGGAACAUUUGGAAAAUGUAGAUAUGUUUACUAUGGAAAACAUUCUGAGGGGAACAGGUUCAUUCUCAAUAAUGACCUUUGAUGACAAUUGUGUAUUUAGUUUUUUGGUAACACUAAGCAUUCUGAGUUUUGCUUAAGAAAUACCACUAUGUUUGCUGUGUAGGCAAAACACAUUUUGUCUUUGGAAAAGAAAAGUAAUAAGUUCAAUAUUCAGUUAAAAACAAUACUUACCUAUUCUACAAUUGUGGUCACCAAAUCACUUAGGAAAUAUUGCCUACUCGUUUGCAGUGUCUUUUGAAGAAAAAUUGUUCUUUUGAGUUGGCUGGUAAAAUUAUUCUAAAGCGCAUUUAGAUGUGUUUUCUCCAUUUCAUGUGGAUCAGUUCUCUAUCAAAGGUGAAAUUUGUGUGCAUUCUGAAUUAUUGUUUUUCUUUAAUCAGGGAGGCCGGAACAUAUUUAUGGGUGGAGGGGGCAGCAGAGCUUGAGAUAUAUUGGCAAUUUUUUAUGAUUGCAUUUCCACUAUUAUCUUUGAUGCAACAACAUUAAUAUCAUAAUUCAGCAAAAAUGUGGGGGGCCACAGCCCCUCCUCCCUUUGCACAGGUGUGCCUCUUAAUGUAGAAGCAAGAUCAUGUGAUCUCUACCUGUAUGAAAAUGGCAGUUUGUUAAUUACUUGAGACACUGCAGUGUCAUAGUUACUAAAUGGCACAUAAAUGUUUACUUUAAAAUUGGCCUCAAGUCCUCCUUUUUGCCUUUUUGCCUAGGGCAUCCAAGUAUUUAGUUACUUGUAUGUCAGCUACUAGGAUUCAAGCCUUUUAUGGCAAAUCUUGCAUAUCUCAGUAAAUUGUUGAUAAUUGGGAACAACUUAAAAAUAUUACCCUGCAUUGUUCUUCCUACUUGCUGGUCAUUUCAUAUUUUCUUGUAUCAUAAUUAAAAAGCAUUAAAUCAAUUUGAUAUUAUUUUUCACAGUUCAGCUACUUUUCACUAGUAUAUUGUGUAUCAGUCUCAAAAGUUGUAAGUGUCUGUAAGAUAUUACACCCAUUGUUAUACUAUCGAAUCUAUCAGGUGCAAUUUCUAAAUUAUUAGACAAUUAACUAUUUAAUCGCUUUAGUAUGUUUUUCUUUUCACUUUUGAAACAUCUGUAUAAAUUGCUUUUGAGUAAUUUGUGAGCAAAUUCGUUUUGGUUAACCAUUUUGGCAAUUAUAUACCA